AGCCGCUAGGGACGCUAUAAAACCGCCGUUGAAUUCGAAAAUCAAAAUCAAAAUCAAAAUUAAAAUCAAAUUCAUUUCAUUACAUUUGGCUCCUUCGAUCCUUCCACCAAAUCAGAGAACCAAUUUCCAUGGGCACCUCUCAGAGCCGCGAGGGCCUCGAAGUUUCCGAUUCAGACUCCGACUACGAACAAGAACACGAACACGAACACGAACACGAAGAAGAAGAAGAAGAAGAAAAUGAACAACACUACAAAGACGCUCAAACCACCUCAGCUUCCCACUCCACCGACCUCGAAGACGUCGACGCUAAACUCAAAGCCUUAAAACUCAAAUACCGAACACCUUCAUCCUCCUCCGCCAAAUCGCUUCCGCAAAACGCCGUUAAGCUCUACCUCCACAUCGGCGGCAACACUCCCAACGCCAAAUGGAUCCUCUCCGACAAGCGCACCACCUACGCCUUCCUCAAAGACACCGAAAACGACGACGUCUGGUUCCUCACCGUCGGCUCCAAGGUCCGCGCUAGGGUUUCCUCCGAAAUGCAAUUGAAGAUGUUCGGCGACCAGCGUCGCGUCGAUUUCGUCGCCGACGGCGUCUGGGCGCUCAAAUUCCCCUCCGACGACACCUACCGCCGCUUCGUCACCGACUUCCAGAACUGCAUGUUCGAAAACGUGUACGGCCUCGAGUGCACGGAGGAGAACAAGGUCAAAAUCUACGGCAAGGAGUUCAUCGGCUGGGUGAAGCCCGAAGCUGCCGACGAUUCCGUCUGGGAGGAUGCCGCCGCCGCCGAUGGCGGCGACGGCGACGUGUUCGCGUCGCCGUCGCGGCGGAGAAACGACCUAAUGGAGGAGUUUGAGGAGGCCGCGAACGGCGGCGUCCAAACCCUAACCCUAGGCGCGCUCGACAACAGCUUCAUGGUCAACGACUCCGGCGUCCACGUGUACCGCAAUUUCGACCGCGGGAUCCACGGCAAGGGCGUCGCCGUGAAGUUCGACGGCGGCGGUGGUUUCCGGCAGCAGACGCCGAAUAAGGCGCUUCUGAUGCGCGCGGAGACGAACAUGAUGCUGAUGAGUCCGUUAAACGAUGGGAAGCCCCAUGCUUCGAAGCUUAACCAGCUUGAUAUCGAAACGGGGAAGAUUGUCACGGAGUGGAAGUUUGAGAAGGACGGUGCUGACAUAACGAUGAGGGAUAUCACCAAUGACACCAAAGGGUCGCAGUUGGACCCUUCGGAGUCAACGUUUUUGGGGUUGGAUGAUAACAGGUUGUGUCAGUGGGACAUGCGUGAAAAGAAGGGGAUUGUUCAGAACAUUGCCACGGCUAGUUCUUCCCCUGUUUUGCAUUGGAGCCAGGGGCACCAGUUUUCGAGAGGGACUAACUUUCAGUGCUUUGCCACCACCGGUGAUGGGUCCAUUGUAGUGGGGUCUCUUGAUGGGAAGAUAAGGUUGUAUUCGAAUACUUCGAUGAGAAUGGCGAAGACGGCGUUUCCCGGGCUUGGUUCGCCGAUUACUAGUGUUGAUGUUACUUAUGAUGGCAAGUGGGUGCUUGGCACUACGGAUACCUACUUGGUGCUUAUUUGUACGUUGUUUACUGAUAAAGAUGGGAAGACAAAGACUGGGUUUAGUGGUCGAAUGGGAAACAGAAUUCCUGCUCCUAGGCUCUUGAAGCUGACUCCUCUGGAUUCGCAUUUGGCUGGCGCGAGCAAUAAGUUUCAUGGUGGCCAUUUCUCGUGGGUCACCGAGAACGGUAAACAAGAACGGCACCUUGUUGCGACUGUGGGGAAGUUUAGUGUGAUAUGGGAUUUUCAGCAGGUGAAGAACAGUGCUCAUGAAUGCUACAGGAAUCAACAAGGGCUGAAGAGCUGUUACUGUUAUAAGAUAGUAUUGAAAGAUGAGUCAAUUGUAGAAUCGCGAUUUAUGCACGACAAAUUUGCUGUCAGUGAUUCUCCAGAAGCUCCGUUGGUGGUGGCUACUCCUAUGAAAGUCAGCUCCAUCAGCCUCUCCGGAAAGCGACGUGGUUAAACAAACUUUGUUUACCUUUUUUUUUUUUUUUUUUUUUAAGGUUUCAAAUUUCUAUUGUUAGGAGUGCCUUUGAAGAAUGUAUUGCUUGUAUUCAAGUCUUAGAUGCUGAUAUUCUUCUGUACAGCGAGUUUUAGGUUGCUCUGUAUCUAUUUUCUUUCUUAUACUGUGUUCAUUUUGUUAUUACAAGUUUGGGUUUGCAGACUGAACUGUACUUCUUUGUUUACAAAUAAAAGAAAAUUUUAUUGGAUAUGAA